AUGUGGGCGACAAAGCUGCUGAAUUUGGACAUAAAGACUGCUCAAGAAAAGAGAGCAAUGGAUCUCCACGAACUCGAUGAGAUACGGCUGGAGGCUUAUGAUAAUUCGAGGAUCUACAAGGAAAGAACCAAAGCUUUUCAUGAUAAGAAGAUCCGACACAAGGAUUUGAAAGUUGGGGACAAAGUUCUGCCCUAUGGAGCGGUGACUUUGCUAGGGAAGGAUGGGACUGAGUUUACUGUGAAUGGGCAGAGAGUGAAGAAAUAUAUGGCAAAUGAGAGCACAGAGGUGGGAUCAUCUCUGCGUCUCGUCGAUCCUGCGCCAGUCUGA